UUAUUGUUGGCGAGAGGGGCCUCCACCCGGUUGUUGUGAGGACGGAUUCAGUAUUUCGUACGCAAUUCAACCGGUAUCACGUGCCUUCAUUAAAGAAUAUCAAGCUAAUUGCCAUUUUUAAUUAAUGAACUUUGUUUUGUGUUUUUAUGUGUUUAUUUGGAUUAUAUCUGCAGGCAGCCACUCCUCCAAUAAAAUUGAUUGACAUUUUUUUUUGACAUUCAUGCCCAUGUUUGCGAGAAAAAAAAUGUGAGAAUUCGAGGAAUUCACACGCAACUGAGGCACCCUGGCUCCAAGAUAUGCUCCAAUAGCUUUAAUGAAAGAGGAUCAACAAUCAGCUGGAGCGGAAGGGACUGACUUUUAUUACCAAAGACUGUGUCUCGAAAAAUACACAAGCUUCAGAGGAUUAGUGAUAUCAUCCCGGGGGAUGUAAACACGAAUAAAAGGUGACAAAGGGAGAAUACAUCGUCGCAUUUCGUAAUGGAAACAGGUCCAGUGCGAGAGAAAAUAAAACCAUUCCGUUUUCAUUAGUGCAAAUAAACAAAACAAUUUAGCGGGGAAUAAAUCGGUGGCGAUCGGGAAUUUGGAUCGUUGCCCAACUUGAUUGCGCAACGGGUUACAGUGCGUUCAUGUGUGAUAUUAGUGUGGUGGUGGGUUUGAAAGAGGAAGGAAGUGUUUAUUAAAAUCUACAGUGUCCAUCUAAUCCACCGGGUGUAACGACUCCAACGUUAACGUGUCAGACACGAAAACUAUGCGGUACGAUGAGGGGGUCAAGAAUCGGUGGCCUACCGAGUGCGACAGAUUUGGAGUUGAGCCAGAUGAGGGCACGAAUUUAUAUCGUCAUCGUAGCAUUCUUCGUUGUUCAUCCCAACACUUCGAUAUCUGCACCUUUGGAGGAUUCACUGGUGUGGCGGGAGAGGGUUCAGGAUGUCGAGGUGCCUCAAGACAUUGGGGAGCUUCCUGUAUUCGAGCAAACAGCCACCAACGUCACAGCAUUCGUUGGACAAACUGUUUAUCUACCGUGUCGUGUCAGAAACCUGGGUGAUAAAGUGGUCUCGUGGAUGAGGAGCAAAGAUCUUCACAUUCUCACUUCAAGUGAAUUCACGUUCAGCUCGGACUCGAGGUUCACACCUGAACAUGUACCGGAGAGUGAUGCCUGGACCCUGAGGCUCUUGGAGGCAAAGAAGACGGAUUCGGGGGGCUACGAGUGUCAGGUCAACACUGAGCCGAAGAUUAUGUACAAAGUCGAGCUGACGGUGCGAGAUCCUGAUAAGCCGGAGGGAGACGACGCCCCGUACUCCCAGCAGACGCGAAUAAGCUACGAGAGUACCGCCCCGGUGGCAGUAAUAAUGGGUCCAAGAGAGCAGCAUGUGCCGUCAGGCUCGACGAUCACCCUUAGGUGUGUCAUAACGUCACCAUAUCAGACUCGUCCCAUCAGGGGUGUGCAAUGGCUUCGGGACAACAAACUCCUGACAUUCCAGGCAGGCAGAGGUGGUAUUAUCAUUGAAACGGAGAGGGAUGCGGGUCGUACAGUGUCUGAAGCGACAUUGGCAGCAGUGACAAAAGAGGACGUUGGCAAAUACACUUGCCGACCCACUGAGGGACGUGCUGAUUCCAUUGCCCUUGUGAUAGAGCAAGGGGAAUACACGGAGGCUAUGCAGAGGGAUGCGGAGUACGUUUCAUCGGGAUGUGAAUUGAAUAAAGAGCAUUUUGUGCUGCUUCUGUUUGGGGGGAUUAUGACUUUGCGGAAAUUCUGAGAGUGUCUAGCGCCGAGAGGGUUCUCAGUAUUUUUUGCUAUUUGAGGGUGAAUUCCAGUGCGCGAUUCAAAUAAGUAUGAAUUUAAUAAAUAAUAAAAAAGGGGAAAAUUAAUGAGGAAAUGUAACAAUCUCUCCAGUGCAGUUGGACAAGCUUUAAUAAUGUCACUAUCCUGAAUAUUUAAUUACUCUCUAAGUAGGGGAGUGCGCGCGACAGUUAAUACGAAUUUUGCGAACUUCACCGAGAGGGAUCGUGCUUUUGCCUCGUCUGAGACGUUCAUCGUUGACCACUCCCCAGUGAAUAAUUUAAAUGAAUAUGAGUUUCAUAAUGAUAAAUAAAAAUAAUGACCUGAGAAUGUAUCACAGAAGUUAAUAAUCCGUCUAGUGCAGCUGGCCCCCAUUA